CCAAAGAGAGAGAAGCAAAGAGAGAGAGAAACCUCUCAGCUACUAAUCUCUGUCACGUGUUUACAACUUGCUGGAGGCCUUUGGCAAGGCCAGGAAAAAAAAAGAGGCCUUUUUUUGUUCAUCCAAAUCAGGCAACUACCUUCUCUCUUCUCAGUUCAGAUCAGAUCUUUAGAGCUACUCGAGCACUCCUUUUGCACUCCGUUCGCUCAGCUAUGCACUAGAGAUUAGUGAGUGCAGAUCUUGGAGUGGUGGUUAGCCGUGUGAGCCAUGACUCUGCUGAGUGAGGACAAGCCCUCAAGGUUCCCUGUGCCGGGCAACCACAUCACGGCCAUGGAGCCCUACUCGGUGGACUGCGGAUCCAAAGGGGACCUUGCGAACUCCAUUGACUCAACAGUUUUCGGGUCCGUAGAGCCACCCAGAAGGUCGCGGGGCAGGCUCAUCAUGCAUGGAUUGGUCAUGUUUGGAAGGGAAUUCUGCUACGCCGUGGAGGCAGCAUUUGUCACUCCUGUGCUGCUCAGUGUGGGACUCCCUCGGAGCCUGUACAGUCUGGUGUGGCUCAUCAGCCCCUUGCUGGGAUUCAUCCUGCAGCCGGUCAUUGGCUCGGCCAGCGACUACUGCCGCUCGCGAUGGGGCCGCAGGAGACCCUACAUACUGUCACUGGGGAUUAUGAUGCUGGUGGGCAUCACCAUGUUUCUCAAUGGAGAUGCAGUGGUCUCAGCCAUAGUGCGGCACAGGGGUGUGAAGAGGACAUGGUCCAUAGUAGUGGUCAUGUUUGGAGUGGUGCUGUUUGACUUUGCGGCAGACUUCAUAGACGGGCCUGUGAAGGCGUACCUGUUUGAUGUCUGCUCGUACCAGGACAAGGAGAGAGGCCUUCACUAUCACGCACUGCUAACCGGUCUGGGAGGCGCAUGUGGUUACCUGAUUGGUGCGAUGGACUGGGGUCACUCUGCUCUCGGUGUCUUGCUGGGCUCCGAAUACCAGGUGAUCUAUUUCUUCUCAGCACUGACCUGGAGCUUCUUCCUCACCGUACAUCUCUUCAGUAUACCUGAGACGCCUCUGAGCAAGCAGUUCAUCUCCGAAUCUUCAGCCCCCACAGCUCCUCUGAUUGUGGCCUCUAACGGCACUGGCUACGGGGCCUUGUCCAAGGAACUGGUGCCCACGCCUGAGCUCCGACCUCGCUCAUUCUCUGCCCUCAGCGAGGCCAAUGCCGUCACAUCCAGUGCCAAGCAACCCAGCAAAGAGGUACAGAAGAGGAUGACUUUAAAAUCCUUGUUGUCUGCCAUGAUUAACAUGCCCACCCAUUACCGUUGCCUGUGUGUGAGCCACCUGCUGGGCUGGACUGCUUUCCUCUGCAACAUGCUCUUCUUCACUGACUUUAUGGGGCAGAUUGUGUAUAAGGGGAACCCAUAUGCUCCUCAUAACACCACUGCUUAUGCCACAUAUGAGAGGGGGGUAGAGGUGGGCUGCUGGGGGCUCUGCAUCAAUGCUGUGUCCUCUGCUCUCUAUUCCUAUGUGCAGAGACUGAUGUUACCCUACAUUGGCCUCAAGGGGCUCUACUUUAUGGGCUACUUUGUGUUUGGACUGGGCACCAGUCUGAUCGGCCUGUAUCCCAACAUCAUCUCCACCCUUUCCCUGUGUAGCGUCUUUGGCGUGAUGUCCAGCACCCUAUACACCAUCCCAUUCAACCUCAUCUCAGAAUACCACAAGCAGGAAGAGGAUCAAAGGAAACAGGGCAAAGAAGACCCGUCUGUCCAGGGCCGUGGCACAGGAGUGGACUGUGCUGCCCUCACCUGCAUGGUGCAGCUAGCUCAGAUCAUAGUGGGAGCCGGACUUGGUGCUCUGGUCAACCUGGCCGGCAGUGUAGUAGUGGUGGUCCUCUCCGCUUCAACCAUGUCCCUUGUCGGCUGCCUUUUCAUCGCUGUCUUCAUACGACACGUGGAUUAACCUGCCAAAUAAACACACAGUCUUCACACCAUCUACCUAUCCAAUGGCCUGUUUCAUGCACUGAACAGCCAUUCUCAGAAGUUCAUGGUUGGGACUCCUCCGGUCGCAGCUUCCAUAUAUAAAAGAACAGGCUUGGCAUUUACUGAGCCGGAGAAAGCAAAAGGAUUUCAUUAACUAGAAAGGUCAUUAUGCAUGUUUAGCCCCUACUGGGCUUGCCGUAUGAGUUGAUUCCCAUGUGAAGAAGAUCAUAUGCAAAUCCAAAUCUUUGAGAUCGAUCAGAAGUGUAAAUCGACUGGGACGCUAAGAUGAAUGGAGGCCAGCAACUGUGGAAUAAGAAAAGCGAAUCCUUUAAACACACUUGCUUUAUUUCAGUAUUUGAGGGUUUGAAGGUUCUUUUUUCAUGACACAAGUGUUUGUGUGAUUCUGACAUACAGCUAUCUUAAUGCAAGCAUUGUUCUCCAGGUCUGGUUCAUAAUAAAGCACAUUGAUUACGCCCACAUGCUGACAAGUUGUUACAAAUAACACGCUGUACAUUUGUGAUGUGCAGUCAGUGAAAUAUAAAUGAAUCCCUUGAGCUGA